UAAGCCGAAACACAGUAGACAAGAGGAAAAUCGCGAGUGUUUGUUGUUGGAAAUGAAUAGCCAAAAUAACAAUAAAUAAAUUAAAAUGGAAUAUGAAACUUCCUUAUCCGAAUUAAGUGAUUUAGCUCCAACAAGCUUUAAUAAAAGGCUCCUCCUAUUAAUCGAAUAUAUUUUAAGUGAAUCGGUCGCUGAUCGAAAAUGGACAACCGAAUUGGAAGAAGAUACAAAUGGUCAUCAUUUUUCAUUGGACUAUUUAUUGGAUACACUUAUAGUGCUUUAUGAUGAGUGCAGCAAUUCAUCGCUGCGUAGAGAAAAGGGAGUUUCGGAUUUUCUGAAACUAUCUAAACCCUUCGUCCACAUAAUACGAAAAUUGCGAUUAUGUCGUGAAGAUUUCGAAAUAUUAAAAAUCAUUGGCCGCGGGGCCUUUGGUGAGGUCUGCGUGGUUCAAAUGAAUUCAACGGAAAAAAUAUUUGCCAUGAAAAUUUUAAAUAAAUGGGAAAUGUUAAAACGUGCCGAAACGGCAUGUUUUCGAGAAGAGCGCGAUGUUUUAGUAUUUGGAGAUCGGCAAUGGAUAACCAAUUUGCAUUAUGCGUUUCAGGAUAAUAUUAAUUUGUAUCUUGUUAUGGAUUACUAUUGCGGUGGAGAUCUUUUAACACUUUUAAGCAAAUUUGAGGAUAAACUUCCCGAGGAUAUGGCGAAAUUCUAUAUUACCGAGAUGAUACUCGCCAUAAAUAGCAUACAUCAGAUAAAAUAUGUUCAUCGCGAUAUAAAGCCGGAUAAUGUUUUAUUGGAUAAACGUGGACAUGUGCGUCUGGCUGAUUUUGGCUCUUGUUUGCGUUUGGAUAAGGACGGCACUGUUCAGUCAAAUGUUGCAGUGGGUACACCAGAUUAUAUAUCACCCGAGAUACUAAGGGCCAUGGAGGAUGGCAAGGGACGAUAUGGCACAGAGUGCGAUUGGUGGUCACUUGGUGUCUGCAUGUACGAAAUGUUGUAUGGCGAGACACCAUUCUAUGCUGAAAGCUUAGUGGAAACCUAUGGUAAAAUUAUGAAUCAUCAGAAUUGCUUUAAUUUGCCAGCACAGGAUACAAUUAACUAUAAAGUAUCGGAGACAUCGCAGGAUUUACUUUGCAAAUUGAUAUGUACUCCGGAGAAUCGUUUAGGACAGAAUGGUAUACAGGAUUUCAUGGAUCACCCAUGGUUUGUGGGGAUAGAUUGGAAAAAUAUCAGAUGCGGUCCGGCACCGUAUGUGCCAGAAGUCUCCAGUCCCACAGACACAUCCAACUUCGAUGUGGAUGAUAAUGAUGUGCGAUUAACAGACACCAUGCCACCAAAUGCGAAUCCAGCCUUCUCGGGAUUUCAUUUGCCCUUUAUUGGAUUCACAUUCUCGUUGAAUAGCACACCGAUUGAGGCCAAGAAACUGAGUGCAAUUUGUCAUGAGGAGCCAAAACUAUCAAACCAAAUAUUAUCUAGCGAGAGCAAUAAAGACACGACGGAUAAAUCGAUGGACUUGGUGCAAGAGAAAAAGUUGAAAACCCUUACGGAUCAGCUAAUGGUGUCGCAACAGGAGAAAGGUGAACUGACAAAUAAGAAUAACGAAAUAUUCGAGAGGCUUAAAAUACAGGAUUCCGAACUUCAGGAUGCCAUAACACAGCGUAAUAUCGCAAUGAUGGAAUAUUCUGAAGUUACUGAAAAACUCUCCGAAUUGCGAAAUCAGAAACAGAAACUAUCACGACAAGUUCGCGACAAGGAGGAGGAGCUGGAUGGUGCUAUGCAGAAAAAUGAUAGUCUAAGAAACGAAUUACGAAAGUCUGAUAAAACUCGAAGAGAACUCGAAUUGCAUAUUGAAGAAGCUGUUAUUGAGGCAUCGAAGGAGAAAAAGCUACGCGAACGUGCCGAAGAAUGUUGCCGGCAACUGCAAAUGGAGCUGCGCAAAUCGUCAUCGAAUUUGGAGACCGUAACGACAACAACAAUGCCUCUAAGCAGUGUUUCAUCCGAUUUAUCAACAUAUGAAAUCGAACGACUUGAACUUCAAUAUUCAGAGAAAAUCGAUCAUAUACAAGCGCGUCAUAAUUUAGAAAUCGAAGCGAUGCGCGAACAACUUAAUGAACUCGAAAACUCGAAUCUCUUACUCUCAAAGGAAUUACAGCAAUCUCAAGACAAAAUGAAACGUACUCAAUUGGAAUCGAUUGCCGAUUCAUUCAAUGAACUGAAAAAAGAAUAUGAUUUGGAAAAAUCCAAAUGGUAUGAGGAGAAACAACGUCUCAACUCGGAAAUGAGCCUUAAAUCAAAAAGCCUUAAGGAACUGCAGGCGGAGGAUGAUGAAAUGUUCAAAGAACUGCGCAUUAAACGUGAAGCAAUUAAUCAAUGGGAAAGACAAAUGGCUGAAAUUAUACAAUGGGUAUCCGAUGAGAAGGAUGCCCGUAGUUAUCUACAAGCUUUGGCUACAAAAAUGACCGAAGAAUUGGAAUAUCUUAAGCAUGUGGGAACCUUCAAUAAUAAUGCAGUGGAUCACAAAAAUUGGCGUAAUCGGCGAUCACAGAAAUUGGAUAAAAUGGAGCUACUUAAUCUACAGAGUGCACUGCAAAGGGAAAUACAAGCAAAGGCUAUAAUCUCCGAUGAACUUAGUCAAACCAGAUCGGAUCUUGUGUCCACACAAAAAGAAGUUCGCGAAUACAAAAAACGUCACGAUUUGAUACUGCACGAUUUGAAGAAAAAGGAGAAUGAACUGCGAGACAUCCAAAAGGGUGGUCUUGACUAUUCGGACGCUUUCCUUAAUAAGUCAUCUCAACAUGGUCUGAGUAAUGCCUUCUUUAGCGAUGCGGCCAAAAAUUCGGAUACUAUAUCGACAACUGAAUCAUAUUAUAAUAAAUCAGAUGGCAAUUUCUUACCCGGCUCAAAUCUAUUUCAACCUUCCGAAUCUGCCAUACUUUUUAAUUAUGAUUCGAAAUAUUCUCUACGCAGCAAUCGGGAUAAUGCAAAGGAACCGUCGUCCAGUGACUCGAUUAGGGAUGAAUCCGAAUUCAUGAUGAAUGUCGAAGAAUCUCAAAAGAAAGCCGAUUCGAAAAGCAUUACGGCAAUCCAUCAGUUUUUGGUUCGAACGUUUAGCAGUCCAACUAAAUGUAAUCACUGCACUUCCCUAAUGGUCGGACUAACACGGCAGGGCGUUGUAUGCGAAAUUUGUGGCUUCGCUUGUCACACGAUUUGCUGUCAAAAAGUUCCAACAACAUGUCCCGUGCCCAUGGAUCAAACCAAAAGACCAUUGGGAAUCGAUCCGACACGAGGUAUUGGCACUGCCUACGAGGGCUAUGUUAAGGUUCCCAAAUCCGGAGUCAUUAAACGUGGCUGGAUACGUCAAUUUGUUGUUGUAUGUGACUUUAAAUUAUUUCUCUAUGACAUCUCGCCGGAUCGGUCGGCAUUACCAAGUGUAAGUGUAUCUCAAGUAUUAGAUAUGCGAGAUCCUGAAUUUUGUGUCGGUAGUGUAAGGGAAAGUGAUGUCAUACACGCCGCCAAAAAAGAUGUGCCAUGUAUAUUCAAGAUUAAAACAGCCCUCGUUGAGACGGGUCCCUCUUUGAAUACACUAAUGCUGGCGGAUAAUGAAUCUGAGAAAUCGAAAUGGGUUAUUGCCUUGGGUGAAUUGCAUCGAAUAUUAAAACGAAAUAGCUUACCAAAUACUGCCAUAUAUAAGGUCUAUGAGAUUUUGGACAAUACAUUGUCAUUAAUACGUAACGCAUUAUGUUCCGUCAUUAUAUAUCCAAAUCAAAUACUAUUGGGAACUGAAGAUGGUCUGUUCUACAUUAAUUUGGAUCAAUAUGAAAUUGCACGCAUUGGAGAAAGUAAAAAGAUACUUCAAUUAUGGUAUAUCGAGGAAGAGCAAAUACUUGUUAUUUUAUGCGGCAAACAGCGUAAUUUAAGAUUAUUGCCUAUUAGAGCACUGGAGGCUAGUGACGUCGAAUGGAUCAAAGUGAUUGAGUCAAAGAAUUGUAUAUCAGCAUGCACUGGAAUAAUACGACGUUUUCCCCAUGUUGUCUACUCAUUUAUUAUUGCCCUAAAGCGUCCCAAUAAUCACACACAGAUUAUUGUAUAUGAAAUAAAUCGUGCUCGCACAAGACACCAAAAGACUUGUGAAUUCACAAUUGGCUAUCUGGCUCAACAUUUGCAAAUAUUGUCAGAUAUGCGGUUAGUUGUGGCACAUCAAAGUGGAUUUACAGCCUACUUUUUGAGAGGCGAGGCCACAGCAAUGUCUCUUGUACAUCCAGAGAAUCAAUUGUGUGCAUUUCUCAAUUACUCGGGUGUUGAUGCUGUGCGAGUUAUUGAAAUAUUGUGUCCAACUGGUGGCAAUUUUGGUGAAUAUCUCUUGGUAUUUCAAACUCUGGCGAUAUAUGUGGAUUUACAAGGACGAAAAUCUCGAGAUAGAGAAAUUAUGUAUCCAGCUUUUCCCACAUAUAUAACUUAUUGUGAUGGACAUUUAUUGGUAUUUUCCGAUACGCAUUUGGAUAUAUUUAAUACUCAAACUGCUGAAUGGGUACAGUCAAUUGGAUUAAAGCAAGCUCUUCCAUUAAAUAAUCUGGGAAAUGUUGUUCUUACAUCAAUCAAUGAUACACCAAUCGUUGUAUACUUGGCGAAUAUACACACAAAAGGAUUACUUCAGCAUCGAGAGGGUAAUCGUAAAGGAUUUGGCAGUAUAAAACGAAGAUUUUCUAUCAGAGAAAUCAAUAAAACAGUAAAAAGCGAUCGAAGAUCAAAGAUGAUAUCCGCUCCAACUAAUUUCAAUCACAUUUCUCACAUGGGUCCUGGGGAUGGUAUACAAAAUCAACGUCUUUUAGAUCUACCAACCACAUUGGAAACUGCUGACCAGGCCUGUAGUCCACUAAUGAUAUCCCUGAAUUCGGUACCUCAAACCAGGAAAACUAAUUUUUUGGAACAACCUGAUGGGAUAUCGGAUGAUUUUGGAAAUGAUAAUAUAACCUCUAGAACUCCCAGUCCAAUGGCUAAUUCAUUUAUAGACGGCUUAAGCAAUAUUGAUUAAUUUCAGUCACACAUUUUAUACGAAUUAAAGUAACAUUGUUGAAUGCAGAUUUUCAAUAAAACGUACACACAUAUAAAUUGA